ACACAUCGUACACAUAUUUGAACAACCGCCAAGCUCAAUUAGAAGAAGAUGAAACUCUCUAUUUUUUGCCUCUUGCUUGUGUCACGAACUGAUGCGUUCACUGCUCCCGUGAGCAAUGCGUCUCCGAAAGCAAUCAGCACAGCUUCCAGAGAUUUGAGGUUUUUUUCUGCUAUGGAUCAUCAACCAGAGCCAUCGAUUGAAGCAGACGCAGAGGAAGAAAUUGCAUUCAACCCGCUUCCCGCGGCAACGGCAGCCUUGUGCUUGCUAAGUUCAGAAGCAGCGAAUGCUGCUGGGCCUGAUUGGGGUAAGACAAUCGAUGUUAAUGAUACAAUUGGCUCAUUUUUAGAUGGGCAGCUACUAACGUUGUCGAUUUCGCCCAUCCGGAAUUUAAUUUUGUACUCUAUGCCAAUCUGUGUGGUUUCAUUUCCGUAGGUAUUUUCGAAGGAAAGACGGGAUCGCUAUUGCACCCCGCAAUGAUGUUUGGAAUGCUGGCCUUGAGUGCGUCGACUGCCCUCCUGGGAUUCGAAUGGCGACGCCAACGAACUAUCGGGGAUAGCAUCUCUACCUUGAAAAAAAGUCUUCCCGAUUUGGCUGGCGCCAAAUCCGUGUCGGAGGCGAUUAAGGCAUGUCAAGCUGCAGAAGAGGUUGACUCUGUUCAAUUAGCUCGGUUGCAGUCUGCCCUGCCGAUCGAUUCUGAAAUCAAGGAACUGCAAGAAGAACGCAAGGCGUUGGCAGGUUAGUGCGCAUCGGGGUUGUGUGCGAACCCGUCAUUCUACAAUCACGCAAAGCAAGUUUUUUGAUUUCUGUUAUCUCACCUUUUGCCCCGCAUCUGUUUUUGUCCGUUUUCGCAGCGAAGGGCCCCAGAGACAAACAUUAUGGACAAGGUGCCAUGCUGGCGUUCCUAGGAACUGUUUUUGCCAUCGAGGUACGGGGUCUUCGCACACUUGCCGCUUUUCUCUCCCGUUGCGUCAUCUCUAUGAUAUUGGCUUGUUUGGUUUGUUUAUGGACCUAUUAUCCUCUCACUUUUUUGUUCGACACGCUUCGAUGUUCAGGGUCCUCUAAACACAUACGCCCGAGCUGGAAAACUUUUCCCUGGCCCGCAUCUCUAUGCCGGCGCGGGCCUUGUCUGUCUCUGGGCUCUGGCCGGUACGUUGCAAAUCAUCGAAAACGGUCUUUUCACUCGGGACAACCGACGAACGAUCCAUUCUUUGUCUGACAGAUUUUGGUUUUUCUCGCUCGUUGCAUUUCUUCCCUCCGUGACACAGUUGCUGCCGUCCCACAAAUGCAGAAGGGAAACGACGCUGCACGCACGGUACACAUCGGUGAGUCAUGUGUUAUGUCUUGUGUUGCGUUGCCGGAGCGCCUGCCGAUGCCUCCGGAAAUGUCUCAAAACCGUGUUGUCCUCGCCCCAUGUUCACAAUUAAUAACUUAGGCGCAAAUGUUGGGGGAAUUGCCUUGUUCCUGUGGCAAUUGCAAUCCGGUAUCCCGAUUCUGUUGAAAGUUUGGGAGAAGACAAGUUGGCCUUGAAUUCGUUGUUUUAGAAUUAUCAUCAUUCAGAUUGAAAAGUCAUCGAAAGUUAUCGAAAAGUGACUAUGACGCCCUUAUGGCUAAGACGUUCACUUCAAUGGUAUCGAAUACGAACAGGAAGAAAAGAUAAUUGCUAUUUUAAUAUCUACAGGUAGAUGCAGAGCUAUCAAGAGUAAAAUCCAGAAAUGUUA